UACGCUAGGAAAAGAGGGAGGAGACUGCGGUGACUGCAACCGCUGCUGGAAGCUCUAUGUGGCUCAGGUGCUGCUACCUCGGACACCCGGAGGAGGGCUAGGGAGCCCAGCGCCAGGGACUUAGCUGCUAACACCUUCGCCUGCCCCUAGACUCUCCAGGCGGGCUCCUUGUCUCGGAGUCCCCCUCGCCUUGCUCUUGCAAGCACUCCUUUGAUCCCCUGCUGAUCAUCCUUUGCCCAAGGCUUGCAGCGGAGGUAUGAAGACCCCUGCAAGACAGCAUACCAGGGAAGCUGUAGGUCACCACACUGGAUCAACAACUAUGAAGAAGAAAAAGACUUCCCAAAAGAAGCAGAGGGGCAGACCUUCCUCCCAGCCACAGAAAAACAUCGUGGGCUGCAGAAUUUCACAUGGGUGGAAGGAAGGCAAUGAGCCCAUCACCCAGUGGAAAGGAACCGUUCUAGAUCAGGUGCCUAUAAAUCCCUCUCUUUAUCUGGUGAAAUAUGACGGAAUUGACUGUGUCUAUGGACUGGAACUUCACAGGGAUGAAAGGAUUUUAAAACUUAAAAUCCUUCCUGAUAAGGUGCCAUUAUCUAGAGUCAGUGAUGCCAGCCUCGCAGAUACCAUAAUUGGCAAAGCAGUGGAGCACAUGUUUGAGGGUGAGCAUGGCUCUAAGGAUGAAUGGAGGGGGAUGGUCCUAGCCCAAGCACCAAUCAUGAAGGCCUGGUUUUACAUUACCUAUGAGAAAGAUCCUGUGCUGUACAUGUACCAGCUUCUGGAUGAUUAUAAAGAUGGUGACCUCCGUAUUAUGCCAGAUUCCGGUGAGUCUACUACAGCAGAGAGGGAACCAGAAGGAGUUGUGGAUGGCCUGAUAGGUAAACAUGUGGAAUAUACAAAAGAAGACGGCUCCAAAAGGACAGGCAAGGUUAUUCACCAAGUUAAAGCCAAACCCUCUGUGUACUUCAUCAAAUUUGACGAUGAUUUUCAUAUCUAUGUCUAUGAUUUAGUGAAAAAGACCUGUUAGGGUCAAAUUUGCACAGUGUGGGGAAGCAAAUAUAUAAUUUGUAGAAGUUCAAAAAAUGUUAAUUUUUCAGUGGAUUAGAAGCCUAAGUGUUUCUGAUACCCCAGCAUCAUUGCCAGCAUAACUGUUAUUU